GAAAACAGAGAGGGAGGGGAUAUUCAGCUACUGUUCACUCUCCCUCACCCUUCGACACACAGCGGCAGAUCGGCGGAAGUCUCUCUCCACUGAUCCCUCUCUCUUAUUUUCUUCUCCUUCUCCUUCUCCUCCUCCUUUUUCUCUCCUUGCUCUCACCCCACCCUCUCUCGGUUCACCUCUCGUCAUCGCCACUGCAGGUUGUAGCAACGGUAGAUCUGAACUCUUUUCCGUCCGAACCAGAGCAGCGGCGACAUUCUUCUUCUUCCAAUCCCCCGAAGCCUACUGUUCAUCAUCCCCAUCUCGGAGACGAGAAGGCGACGACGGUGACCAGAGUUUGGCUUCUCUCAGAUUUCUUCCACUCUUGGGUUCUCCCGUUUCUCUCCGCGCCAGCUUCCCUCAUUAACUCCUCUCCUCCUUCUGCGAAAUCCGGAGAGAGUUUCGUCAUCUUCAACACAGUCUGUUAUCUCUCUGUUUUUGGGAGGGCUAUCGCAUAUUCAUCUGCAACGAACCGCGACCUCACUUGUUUCACAAACCUCAUCCAGAGUCCGGCGAACCCCAGGUUGGGAGGGUUCGCGCAACUGUCGUAAUCUCUGAUCACCUCCUGUAGAACGUACCGAACACCAUGAUCAGGAAGCACCAAACAUCAUGUCUGUUUGAUGCUAGAAGAUAAACCACGACAUCCCUGUUUCAGUGAUCGAAUUCGGGCCAGAAUACGCACUCCCUCAUUUUCAUCGUGUCAUCCGAAGAGAAACCUCGAGGCCGAAAUCUUCCCUUGCAGCAUUCUAAAUUCAAGCCACAUUUUAGUUAGGAGUGUAUUCGAAAUUGGAAAAUACAUGGCAUCGCUUCUGAGGAUCGAGCCAGGGAUAUCCAGCUCCACUCGUUCUCCGUCUGUUGCUCCGCCGAAGCCUCUUUUGAUCGCUACACCAUCUGCUGCAGGAGAAUUCCCGAUACUUGUGUUCCUCCACGGUUAUCUUCUCUACAACUCUUUCUACUCUCAGUUUAUCCUACACAUCGCCUCUCAUGGCUUCAUCGUCGUCGCUCCUCAGCUAUAUACUGCUGCCGGACCCGACACAAGCGAAGAGAUAAAAGCGGCUGCUGCAAUAACAGAUUGGUUGGCAGAUGGACUGCAAAGUGUACUUCCUGAACAUGUUCAGCCAUGUCUAAGCAAGCUAGGAUUAGCUGGGCACAGUCGUGGAGGCAAGGCCGCGUUUGCGCUUGCUCUAGGACUUGUGACGGGUGGUACUAGUACUAGUAGUAGUCUAAAAUUUUCGGCCCUGAUGGGCAUUGACCCAGUGGAUGGAAUGGGCAAAGGAAAGCAGACCCCACCUCCAGUCCUCACUUAUGUCCCUCGUUCUUUUAAUUUGGACAUGGGAGUGUUGGUGGUGGGGUCGGGGUUGGGCCAAGUGAAGAGGAACCCUCUAUUUCCUCCCUGUGCUCCCAAGGGAGUGAACCACGAGGACUUCUUCAAUGAAUGCCGCCCACCAGCAUUCUAUUUUGUGGUUAAAGACUAUGGUCAUGCAGACAUGCUGGACGAUGAUACCAAGGGAAUCAGAGGAAAAGCCACCUAUUGUCUCUGCAAAAAUGGCAAGUCCAGGGAACCCAUGAGAAGAUUUGUAGCCGGGAUCGUCGUUGCAUUCAUGAGGGCCUAUUUGGAAGGCAAUGCCGCUGACUUGACUGCUAUCGGGGACGGCAGCCAAGUUCCGCCAGUACAGCUUCAGACCAUUGAUUUUCUUAUUUGAAGAUUAUACAUUUUUCCUGGUAGCUAAGCUAGCUGAUCGAGGAGUAAAUUAUCUUAUAGCUAGAUGUUCAACUGUUGAUGUAUGGCAUGGCUUAUUCACUAUGAAUUAAAUCACCCAAAAGAAAAUUUACAAAAA